CGACAACACUCUCUUUCUUCCUCCCCCGCUGGCUUAAUGCUCCUCCAUCAGAGCCUGUCUACUAGCUAGGCUCUAUGAAACAAUGGCAGAAACGAAAACGAGCGGCACCCUGCCACUCCGACAAGGACAGAUCCAAACGCAAACAAACACCCGAGGCAUCCCAGUAGCUCCCUUCGUUGACAAUGUUUCCGACUACGUCUCGUCAAGGGCAGAGGUCGAGCCCACUCUCCGCUCCUUCCAGGAGAUGAUCUCCAAGUACCAGUUCAUGGAAGUGAACACGGCACGGCGCGCACAGGGCCUCCGCGAGAAAAUCCCCGAUAUCAAGAAGACAUUGGAGAUGGUUCGGUUUCUGAAAUUGAAGAGAGAUGCUUCAUCCUCCUCCUCCAUAACAACCCAUUUCGAACUAAAUGACACCCUCUACGCGAAAGCAUCUAUCUCCCCCGCCGAAACCGAGGAAGUCUAUCUCUGGCUCGGUGCAAAUGUCAUGCUCGCUUACCCCCUUCCCGAAGCGGAGGAAAUGCUGCAGGAGAAAUUGUCCGCCGCGGAAGCUAGUCUUGCUACGUGUGAUGAGGAUUUGGAUUUCUUAAGGGAGCAGAUUACGACAUUAGAAGUUGCCACAGCCCGCGUCUACAACUGGGAUGUUGUACAGAGGAGGAAAGAAAAGGCUGAAGGGAAAGGUGAUGAUGAUGACGAUGAUACUGGGAAGAAAAGGCCUAAUGGUUAAGGAUUCUUUCGAUAUGCGUUGUAUAGAUGCGAUUGAAAAUGUUGAAAACGUUGGC